AUGAAGUGGCUUUGUAUCCUUGGACUGGUGGCCCUCUCAGAGUGCCUAGUCAUAAUCCCUCUAAUGAAGAUCAAGACCAAGCAAGAAACUUUCAGGAAAAAAAGCUUACUGACAAAUUUCCUGAAGGACAACACUGACGACAUGUCCUAUAAUGCCACUGAUGACCCAAAAAUUUCUCUCCAACCCCUGAGGAGCUACCUGGAUCUGUUCUAUUUUGGCAACAUCACCAUUGGAACACCCCCCCAGGAGUUCACGGUCAUCUUUGAUACCGGCUCUUCUGACUUGUGGGUGCCCUGCAUCCACUGCUCCAUUGCCCCCUUUUGUGAGUACCACAAGCAAUUCGACCCUCAAUCUUCCACCACCCUCCAGCUCUCAGGCCAGUUCGUCAACAUCAAAUAUGGCUCAGGGACAGUGGCUGGAUUUCUUGCCUAUGACACUGUUCGGAUUGGAAACCUUACUGACCUCGGCCAGGCAUUUGUUCUGGUGAAGACACAGGAUGGGAUGGAUAAUGUAUCCUUUGAUGGCAUCCUGGGCCUGGGCUACCCCAACCUCAGCCUCCAAAGGAUCACACCCGUCUUCGACAACCUGAUGAGACAGGGUAUCAUUUCUGAGCCUGUCUUUGCCUUCUACUUGAGCACCAAGAAGGAGAAUGGCAGCGUGGUGAUGUUUGGUGGGGUGGACCACAGCUACCACAUAGGAGAGCUCAAGUGGAUACCAGUGUCCCAAACCCUAUUCUGGCAGGUUACCAUGAAACGCAUCUCCAUGAAUGGGAUGGUUGUUGGUUGUUACCGUGGAUGCCAGGCCAUUGUGGAUACUGGGAGCGUAUACCUUCUUGGCCCAACUAGACUGAUCACCACCAUCCAGAAGCUCAUUACCGCCAGUGCUGUUGGUCAAGAGUACUGGGUUCCAUGUAGCAACAUCAGGCGCCUGCCUACUAUCAUCUUCACCAUCAACGGCAACCACUACACAGUGCCUGCUGAAGCCUACGUUUGGAAGGCACCUCAGGGCCCCUGUGUCAGCUUGCUUGAAGGGGGCACAGAGAACUGGAACCAGCAGGAGACCUGGGUCUUGGGUGAAGUCUUCCUGAAGCAGUAUUUCUCAGUUUAUGAUCGGGGAAACAACAGAAUUGGCCUGGCCCCUGCAGUGUAA